CUGAUGUGUGAGGGGAGGAGUGAAGGACUGGAGAAGGCAGUUCAAAACUUCCAAUAACCUCGACAACCAGAAUCUUUCCUUCUCUUUUCCUGCUCCUUCAGUCCUUCCUUCGACUCUCACUAUCCUUCCUGGAGAAGCAAAAGUAAAAGAGAAUAAUGCAAAGACGGCAACAAGAGAGAGAAGUAGUGAUCAGUAGGAGUGUCAUCAGUGAUCUUCCCGAGAUCCAAAACUCCAGUGGAGAUGGAUCACCAACAACAAGAAGAAGAAGGCAAUCAAAACGGCACGAGGAAAUCGGACAGCGAAGGCAAGCACUCCUCGGAUUACGCCCCGUACCCGAAACUCGAUCCGAAAGAUAUUUCUCCUCGUUCUCCUCUUCCUCCUCCUCCUCCACCUCCCGCUGCUGCUACUAAUCAGGAGAAUUGGGAUACCUUUGUGAUGGGAACUCAAUCGCAAGGCAAUCCUUCGACAAAUAGGUCGCAAAAACCUUCUGCUAUUCCCGAAAAUCUCUCCACCGCAAUGCCUCCUGAAUCCAAUCCUUACGUCUCUUCUUCCUCCGGGCUGUCGUCUUCCUCGUCCAUCAAGGAGAAGAUGGAAACUGUUCGCAAUGUGCUUGGGAGGUGGGGAAAGAAGGUGGGAGAAACCACGAAGAGGGCGGAGGAUCUGGCUGGAAACAUGUGGCAACAUUGUAAGUUUCUCUAUUUCAAAAGAUAUUUUUAUUGGUGCCUCUCCGUUGUAUUUCUGAUGCAUUCUAUUCCAGACUUGCUUUUUUUUUUUUGA